GGACUUCCUGCAUUAUGGUUCGGGGGUACAGAAGGGAGUCACUGACGAAAGAAGAAGCGGCACCACCUUUUUGAAUGUAGUCUUCGAAUGCACCCAGCAUCACUUGAGCUGCAUUCUCUCUGUUUCAGUUGAGGGGAUCCAGAAAACAAUCAUGGACCUUGUAGAUGAGUUUAAAGAUGAUGUCCCUACCUUCCUAAGAUUAUCACAGUCUAAUCAGAAAAGAGAAACGAUGCAAAAAACAUCUAAAGUCAAAAUGGCUAUCGCUUUAGCCAAGAUCAACCGAGGAACAUUAAUUCAAGGAUUAAACAGCAUAUCCAGAUCUUCCAAGUCAGUGGCCAAACUCCUGCAGCCUCGGCUUGUUUGUAGACUUUUAGAGUUAAGGGACAUAUCUCAUCGCCUGCUGAGGGAAGUUAAUGCACCAAAGCAGCCCCUGUAUAACAUGCAGGUCAGAAAGGCUUCUUUGUUUGAGAUCAUUUCCUUUCCAGCAAAGACUGCUUUAACCAGCAUAAUGUAUGCUUCAUAUGCAGCACUAGUUUAUUUGACAGUCUGUGUUAAUGCUGUUCUGGAGAAGGUAAAGAAAAUUUUCCAAGAAGAAGAAUCCAUAAGGCAAAACAGAGGGGAGAGCGAAAAUCUUAGGAAAGCCUUUUCUGAGCCUGUGCUUUCUGGGCCUAUGUUUCCUGAUGCUGAAAUCAAAGCAAAAGCUUAUAGGUCAUUACCGGAGAAGCCAGACAAUACUUCAGCUCUUCCUGCUAAUAAGCUGAGUAAUAAGAUCCAGGUUUUACAUUCUGUGUUUGACCAAUCAACUGAAAUAAAUGAAUGAGCAAAUAUGAACAUAAAUAUCACUGAAAAGCUUAAGAGUUAUCCAUCUAAUAACAUUUCAUCUGACAAAACUAGGAAACUAGUUUUAAUAUACUGACUGCUCUGCUUUUAAAAAAGGUAGGGAGGAACUAAUAAAAUGUCACUCAAGUAUUCAUAUGGUAGAGAAAACAAAAUUAAUUUUGAUGUAGAAUAUAUGUAUGACUAAUAUUUUUUAAUGAACAAGAAAAUGUACCCUUUGGUGGGUUAGUUAGACUUUAUGCUGUGGAUUAUAAUAUAGGAGUAUGUAUAAUACAUUUAUGUUUUUAUUAAAGACUUGUUUUGAGUA